AAUGGGGGCUCUUGUUGCAACCUCUUGAUUGGACAGGGGCAGAGUAGACAAAAAAUCUUCCUACUGCACCUCCCACCGCUGAGUGAAAUCAUUGAGCAAAUGAGUUAAUAUUGACUGAGUGAGCAAUUGUGGCUUUGGCUGCAGUCAAAUAUUUUCCAUUAGCAUGUGUUGGAUGACCAGAGACUGCGAUUUAUAGCUGAUCUCUUGAGGUGUUAGGGGAGAGACAAGUUUAGUCAAAUUGAUAGUCAUAUCCAUGCAAUCUCAUGUGGGUCAACAUGGGUUUUCUGCCAACAUAAAUAGAUGCUUUGACCACCUAUUGUCACAUUGGUUUAGUGUGAUGUACAGAACACUGGCGGCAGUCAAAGAUCCAGACUAAGAGACAAACGUGUACAUACCUUGCUCAUGUUGCACAAAGGUAGCGUGCCCUAGCAGUCUGCGUGUGGCCUGUCAAAGUCGGAUACACUGCAGCCACCUUUGACCUGUCCUCCCCCCACCUAGAUCUUGAAUCUAUACACUCACAUAUUCACAUUUAAACUACAAGGUCAACGUUAAGCGAACACUCAAAACACUUUAGUGAAGCAUUUGGUUGGUACAAUCCGCUUUGUAUUAUUUGCUUUCCCAUCUUGCUCGAGCAAACAGCUUAAGCAAGAGCUAUCAGUCUCCGAUAGUAUGGUUCUAUAUAUAGACGGGCCCUGUGACUGAGCUGGAACUAGGUGUCAGAUUCCAGUCGCACUCAUCCGUCCUGGCUGGAUCAGCACCUGCUGCUAACUAUAAACCCACCCUGCCCAGCGUUCAAAAGAAAGCCAAUGCCCACCCGCACAGCUCAGCUUGGAGAAGAAAAGUGAAGAGCCAGCGUAGGCUCUGAAGGCACUUUGACCAAGGCCAACUCAAAAGGGAGGGGCAGAAAUGAAGACGGGAGGAUGCAACGUGCCGGCAAGAGAUGCCCGCGUUGCUUUUUUAUAUUGAAGCCUGACCCACCCGACUGCAUUGCUCUGAAGCAGUGAGGCUCAGUCACAUUUGGGCUCGACAAAGCUGCUCGUCCUCACUUGUUGAACUCUGAGACUCGAAGAGUGCCGUGGAUUUAAGAGACACUUCCCCGGAUCACUGGCAAACAUUGCUAUAUAGAGCAACUUGAUGCCCUUUGGAAAAUACCAAUCUUUCUUUCCUAAGUCCAGGAAGAGAACCAAAAGCAGAAUUGGAGACAGACUGGACGGCCAGACUUCGAUGCUUGUGGACUAGUGAUGGACAGCUGGACUCUUCAAGAGGACAGCUACCCAUUGCUGCGCAGUAUACCUCGCACACCUUUUUCCUUGUACCAUCGUGACAGCACCCCUAACCACGUUGAAAUUUUUGACAUUAUAAGUUCUCCGAGUCAACGCGGUGCCAUCUCUGAGACCACUUGUUUGUGUGACAUAUUUGGGGAUGAUUUUGAGUCACCCUCGGCCUCCAACAGUCCGGCCGUAGGAUCAUUUGUCCAUUCCAUGACCGAGGUGGAGAGGAUAACGGUCACGUCGCCCCUCGUGGAUGAUUUGAAUGACUCCUCAGGCUCAUACCACACAGCACCGGGCUCCAUUGAAGGAGAAGGGGAGUCUGACGUCGCAACAGAGAGAAUUUAUAGCCCUGCACUGCAGGGUGAGUCCACUGAGUCCGAGCAGCCGAAGCAUAUCACAGUGAAUUCAGAACUUUCUGAAGCGAGUAACUCAAGUUUUGAGUCGAAAAAGAAAUCACCUGUGCCUCAGCUGAAGGCAGCAAGCCCUUCAUCUGAAUGUGAUAAUACCGACUUUGAGGAGAAUACCCCUUCUCUUGGACACAACAGCUCCUCUCUCCUCUGUUCACAGGAAUUAGUCCCAGUUUUGUGUGAUUCCUCUGUUGAGACAAGAUGCUCACCCUCAUUACUUCAUCCAGAAAGUGAACAAAUGAGACUCACUCCUGUGUUAAAAAGUACACGAAAUGACAGCGUGUCCAGCUUGUCAAGUCAAUCUCUAACUCCAAGUCGUUCCUGUGAGCCCAUGAACUGCACCAUCUCAUCCUCCUCAGAAUCAAUCAACUUCCAGUCUCAGUUUCAAGAAACAGAACCCGAGCCAGAGAGCGCACACCUUAGCAAAAACACUAGUCCAUCACGUGGCACCACACCCACUGAUUUUUCUUCUCAAUCUUCAAAUGUAGAAUCGAGAGCUGAUGUUUCAUCUAAUUUGACUUCACCAGGAUAUACAGAGUCCCAGCCAGAACAAACACUGCUCUCCUCUGAACUAAAUUAUAGUACCUCCUUACCUGAUGCUCGAAUGUCAUCUCCUUUAAAUGAGUUAAGCGGAACGGUCUCCCUGCGUGAUGUUUUGACCAGAGGCUGCACGCCAGAUCUAGAAAUAGAAAACUCUCCCCUUAGCUCUGAGUUGACCGAAUAUCCCAACACAACAGAAAUUGAAUUUAAAAGUACUGAGUUUGGCACUGCCAUCCCAACAGCUUCCACAAGAUACACACCCUCCUCCCCUGUUACAGCAUUGAGCCCAUAUCCUGUGAAUAGUGCUGUUGUGUCUGAAUUAAAGCACACCUCGCUAUCGCCUGACCUGCAGAGUGCACCGUCAGUACUUCACACAAGUGGGUCAAGAACCUCACCUGGACACUCAAGACCUAACUCUGCAUCUUCUGAAAUAAUCACCGAGGCCUUUUUACCUGUGAUUAGUUAUAGUUUAUCUCCAUCACCUGGCAUCAGAAGCACCUGUUCUUCCAUUGAGAGCACACACACAGCUCCUUCACCUGAGAUCAGGAUCACAGCAUCCUCACCCGAGGUCGAAAGGAGAGAUUUCAUCUCUGAAGAGCAAACAAUAUCAGAGUCUCCUCUUUUCGAGUGUGCCCCAACCAGGAGCAUCCGUUCCUUGCCUCAUAUUACUGAGAUAUCUGAUUCCAUUGUACUACCCGAGGAGGGAGACACUCCACCGUUUCCCGAGCUCUGUCGUCUCCCAACUCCUGAGUCGGAUAUCACACGUGCAUGUGCAUCACCUGCGAGAAGGAGCCCCUCCCCUAGUAGAGCAAGGACACCACAAGACUCCUCUCCUGGAUCAGGUUUCCCAGGCUCUGAGCUCCAGGCUGAAGUAUCUCAGUGCAGGUCGCACACAUCUUCACCUCAGUCAAUGUGUUGCACUCCCUCACCUGAACUAACAUACCAGAGCCUGAAUUCUUCACCUGAGCUCAGAAAUAGAGAUCCAUCACCUGCUACACCCUCUCCAGUAAACAGCUCUCAUCAACUUUCACCUUUAGUCAUCUGCUCUGAGUACAACACCCACUAUUUACAGCCUACUCCAGCCUUGGAGACAUCAGAGGGAUUUCACUCCUCCUUUCCCAACCAAAACAUAGAGUUGCAAACACAGAGCAUUCAACCUAAAUUUGAAUUGGACAGAGAAGAUAAAACAUCUGAAACGGAAAGCAGUUCCCCAGUUGUGCCAAUUCAGUCGCAAGUAUCUAAUCCACCUUGUUCAACUGAGGAGAAAUUUGACCAGGCAUCAAUUCAACAACACCCAAGGGACAGACUUACACCAAAGGAAAUACCUAUUGCUGGUUUGGUGUCCUCGUCUGUGGAAAAUCAAGGCGCUGGGUAUAUUAAUCAUUUUAAUAGGCCGACUAUUAAAAAUAGGUCAUUUCCACCCCAGUUUGAGUUUACUAAUAAGGAAAUUGUUCGCCAUUUUCCUAACAAGGCAAAAUCUCUGGAGAGAGAAGAAAAACGACUGAAUCAACACACACACAAUUCAUUGAAGUCAAAUUUUACAUCUGAUCAUUCAAGACAAAAACUUGUUGAAAGAGCAAGGUUUGCACAGAACAUGGCCCACCAUAUAAACAGAAGGAAAACUCCCUCUCCCCCAUUAACCAGAUUUACCCCUGUACACUUUAUAGAACCUGAGAAACCACGCCGACAUUGGCAGAACAGAGCCGCCCCUGACUUUGCAGCAUCCUCACAGAGUGGUUAUUUGAAGAAGACUGUGACAAAUAGGGAAAGUCCCGAUAUUGUCCCUCCUGGUAAUAAUAGUCAGCCCCACGAUGUCCGACUUGGGAAGCAAUUGGAAGUGGAGAGGAAAGUUGAGCUGGGGGAGAAGAGAGAAAGGCAAUGGGAAAGUGGGAUGGAGAGAGAAACAUACAGGGAGGGGUGGGAGAUUGAAAAGGGGGAGGAGUGGCAAAGGGAUGCCAGUUACAGAGGGGAACAGGUUGAGCUGUCAUUCAAUGACGAGAAUAGAAAAGAGCCUGUAAGUCGCAGUACAGCCCCCACAAGCACAGAGAGCUCUCAGGGACUGCCAACACUGCAUUCCUACUCAGAGAGUUUGCUUGCCACCAGACAGCCACAGGAACAGCAUAAUCGACUGAAACUUGCUUCUCAGCGAGACAAGAGAGGUGGUCUGACCAGGAGACUUCAGAAUCCUGCACCACAGAACAAGUUCAGUCCUCGAUCGGUCACAAACAGGCCUGCCCAGAGUUCGAGCUCUAGCAUGGGAAGUGAAUUGGAUGAGACAGACAAUGAGGUGAAGUGGCUCACAGAUGUGGCUUUUCGUAGCCUGUCCAGCCCCGAUGUAGAUUACCUUGAUGUGUACAACUCCAGUUACCGAUCAUCUGCCAACAUCUCCCAGCCUUCUACUCAAGAGAGCCCAGCGGGGAUCAGUGGUGCCUGGCCGACCUACGCUGAUUUCAGGGGUUCCGCUUCAAAGCUGGACAGUGAUGAUCUUUCAUUACAGCAGCAGUCCCUGUACCGGUCAGAAGGAAUUGAUCCGGUCCGCUGCUAUGAGAUGGGUAGCUUUGAGUGCAUAGAUGUGGCUGUGGAAAGAGAAGACACUCGGAAGGUCAGAAGAGGAGUGCCAAAGAGACAGAUUCAGUUGAAGAGAAAGGAGAGCGCGGAUGACAGUAUUGAAAAUUCUGCUGAGGGGAUCGAUGGGGAAUAUACUUCUGGACUUCCUGCGAUUGACAACAGCCCCUCGGUUGAAAGACAUUCCAGGGAGGCAUUGUUGAGACAACACAGUUCACCAGCAGCAGACCAAGAAUUCUACGCUCCCCAGCACAGCUCUGAUCCUGAGCAUAAUGAAAGAAAAUCCAAACUUAAAAAAUCUAUUUCUCUGGAUGAAACAUGCUCUAAGACAAAAAUGGCCACUUGCCUAAUCAAGAGUGUUUUGUCCAAGAAGAUGCAAAGUGGUGAUAAACAAUCUGAUGAGCCAGAUGGAGAUGAAGUGAACCCCACUUUUGGCGGAAAUAACACUACUGAGGAGCCUCAGGAAUGUGACAACUUCAAUUCCUCUCUAUCCUCUAACUACAAUCGUUCCUGUGAAGUGUUUCCGAUGAAAGAGGAACAAAGAGAUGACAUCAGACCAACCAAGAACUUUGUCAAGAAAUCCAACAACAGGCCAAGCACAAACAGCAGCAAUAGAAUUUCUAACCUUUCGCCCACUGACAACCAACUGUGGGGUUCUCAACAGGGCAAUACAACUGCAGCAGCAUCUGAAAUAAGAUCCAAACUUAGAGUGCCAUUGGAUAUCUCCCAGCCGAGAGGUGGAAUACAACAGAUAGAUGACAGUAUAACACAGCAAGGAAGAGAAGGAGGCAACUCUGCAAAUGCCAGCGCUGGGAAUACGCAAGUUCCUUCUGCUACUGGAGUCUUCGGCACACGAGCCAGGAUGACAAGCCAAUAUCAAGCAUGUGAAAACACAGAGGUCCAUAAACAAGUGCAACAGGGUAACAAGAGUUGCCACAUGACACAGGAAACUGAGGAGACUAUAUUUCAAGGGGGCAAGAAAAAGAAAGCCUCUCUCAAUGUCUGCCUUACACCUGAGGCAGAAAAAAAUCGAGACACAUCUUCACCAGAUGUGCAUUUCAGACAGCAAGAAGAAAAGAUCAAAGAGACCAAUGUGGACCCCAAAACAAAGGAGGACGAAAGGAAUGAGAACAAUAAAGCGAAGGGCCUUAUCCACAAAGUUAGAGACGUCAGGAAACUUGUAAAGAAUACAUAUAAUCUCUCCUUCAAAGCGACCAGUCGUGCAUCGCCCUCGGAUAUUACUGACGAAAGGAUCGAACAUUUGAAUGAGACAAAAAAGGAUGGAAUUAAGGAGGAUUCAGAAGAAAAGCUCGAAGGACUUAAAGCAGAGUUAUGUCAGGAGAGGACAAAUAAAUGCAUGGUGGAGAGGCGAGAGGGAAAAAGAGAGGAGGGGAAAGAUGAAAGCUUGUCUACGUUAUGCUCACCUCUACCGAAUGAAGGGAAGCCUCUAUCUCAACUACACCAAAUGCAAAUACAAUGCAAGGCAGUUUGCUGGAAAGAUGACAAAACUAAAAUACAAAGCCAUGAAGACUCAGAGAACCAGAGUGGCCAAACAUCGGGCUCUGCAAACAGAGAGCAAGAACAUAACUUCUCUAAAACAGGCACACAGUGGGGGAUACAGGAACCACCAGCUUGUGGAGCAUCUCCCAAAUUGUGGCAACGUGAUUUUAAUAUGGAUGCAGAAUCACCGAAGGCAGAGAGUGAUGACAAGCCUGUUCCAGUGAAAACAGACAGAAAACCUCCCAUGCUCGGAAGUCACCCCAAACUUUACAGUAAAGAAAGAGGCGUGUCCACUGCCGUUGUGUUGAUAAGAGAUGGAUCCAGCCAAGCAAAGACAUGUGCGCCACUUACUCCGGAAGAGGUUCCCACCCUUCUCCAGGCCUCAUCUUCACCUGAGAUUGUAACCAAUGGCAGCACCCCAAGCAGUAGCAGUCACUCAGUUUCUAUGUUAUUAAAGGAGAAAGGUUACCAAGCUGACAUUGGAGCAGUGGUUGGUGAUAGCCAGAAUACAACGGUAGGGAAGGAGGUCCCGCAUAAACAUGUGAACUGCUUGGAGAUUCCACUUCAGACGCCCACAUAUGAUGGAGCUGAGUCACAUCGAGAGAAGACAUCCUCUGCUUCAUCCUCUGUGCCGAGCCCUUUGUUGCUGUUGGACCAUAUAGACAAACCCGCAAAUACCAGAGAGGACGAGGGGGGCCUCAUCAAACAAAAAACAACCACCCCACAAGGAAAUCUACUGGACCACUUUUCAACUCCCGACAAACAAAAGGAACAUAAAGAUUUUGAAGCAGUGAAAAGACAGGACCCAACUUUCCCCCCAAGGUCACCUGCAGUAAGACGAUUCAGACCUCAGCCAAUUGAGGUUAAGUCCCUUUCUAAAGAGACACCAAAGAAAGAGGCGACCAAAAAUAGCCAGACAAAUAGGCCGCAAACCAUCGAAGUUAAAUCGAUUGCAAAAAAUUCCAAAAAGCCAGCCGUACCUCCAAAACCAACUUGCAAAUUCAAACCUUUGGAUUUAGGAGCAAAGACUUGUGAAGCACCUGGAUCAGCUAUUACAAACGUAAAACCUCAGAAUGAGGAGAGGCCUCAAACCAUAGUAGUGUCAUCGCCCACAAUCUACAGAAAGAUCCCCAGUGAGUCCUCCGCAACGUCCAACCAAACAAGAAAAGUAGCCGUCUCUGCUGUUUCCGGCUUUAAACCCCUACCAAGCAAAAUAACAGCAACACUGUCAAGUGUCACAAACCAGGCUACAUCAUCAUCAGACAAAGAUGCUUCCAAAGGUCAGCUGCAGCAUCAAUGGACACCGCCUGUGAGAUCCGCACAUGUUCGAACUGUAACAUCAGCUCCUUUGCCCGGUGUUAUCCCAACUGAGGGUUCAAAUUCUGAUCCAGGAGCUAAACAAGUGACUGAACUAUCAUCUACAGGAGGCAUACAUACAAGCCCACCUGCUGUUGUGGAGCCAAACACAGAUGGAGUGCCUGUGACAACAUCUUCAAACAAUUCCAAACCACCUGCUGUGUUCUGUACAACACAAGCCCCAAGAGACGCACCGCAGCAAUACCGUGGGUCAUUGUCCACCGAACGCACCCAAAGGGCCGUUGAUCCACAUUUUUAUGCCUCAGAUGACCCUCCAAGCUACGAUGAAAGAGAAAGCUUCAGUCCCCUCAUGCCAGAUUUGACUCACCGGCGUUCAAAUCGCUAUCACAACCCCUCCAACCCUCCUCCUUGUUCCUGUACAGCUGGCUGCCCUCCUCAGCCAACUUUGCCCCCUCCGGCACCCCAUCACCACCAUCAUCACCACAGCCCACACAACCUCACCCCAACAGCACCUCCAAACUCCCCAGGUCAUGUGAUACCAUAUCAAGCCCCCCAGCCUGUCGUCUGUCCCCACCAGUACAGAGCAGAUCCUCAGCCCGUGAAUUUCCACCCCAGCUCAUCACCAAAGUCAAGUGCUUCCGGGCCAAGCCAGCCUCCCACCACGUACCCACCUCCUCACCAGCCUCCCCCAUGUCCUCCCCACCCCUCGCUCAUGCCGAUGGACCGCCCCAUGCCCACUGACCCCCGCCGGCUCGCUCCCCAUCGAUCCCUCCAGCAGCAGCCAGCAGGCAUGCCUGGUGCUCCUUACAGUGAUCCUGGGAACAGCCACUCCCCUGGCCUCGCUCCCAUGGAUCCGCAAUACAUGUGUGGGCAGUAUGGUUCUGAGUAUGGGGGUGACACCUCCAGUUUGUACUCAGAGAGCAGCUAUGGGCCAACACCUCGAAGAGUCCUCUUGGAUCCUGAAACGGGAAAGUAUUUUUAUAUCGAGGUGCCUAUGCAGCCCUUGAGGAAAAUGUUGUUUGACCCAGAAACUGGCCAGUAUGUGGAAGUUCUCAUCCCCCAGCAAGGGAUGUCUCACUCAGGCCUAUAUCCUCCAUCAGCAGCCCCAUACACAUCUCUCCAUAACCCUAAUAUGUACGGACCCAAUUCACAGUACAUGCCCUAUGCUGCUCCCCCUCCCACCGCUCAUCCCCAGCCUCAACACCAGCCACCUCGAUAUCCUGAGGCCUUAUCUGCAGUGUCAGUUCACCCAAGUGCGCCCAGUGGCAGCUAUAGGAAUUGUUCUGGUCAGGGAUCCAAACCAGAUGCCUCAAGCCAUCCACCAUUGCACCAGAGCUACCUGGAGGGUAUGUAUUAUCUUCCCACAGGGAUGAAUGCAGGCUCCAAUCCCACCCCACCAGUCUACUACCAUAAACAUCCACCCAGCCUUCCCCCAUCAGGGGGGAAAAGGUCCUGAAAUAGCGGACAUGGGCCGCCUUGCUGGAGCCUGUUAAGUUUUAAAUACACACUGUAUAAAGUAGAAGCCUAAUGUUAGCUUGUAAUGUUAUUUGACUUUUCAUGUUGUAAUUGAAGACAGCAAUUCAGUAUGUUGUUUAUCCACUGCUUCUUCUUGUCUUCAGAGCUGCUAUAUUAGAAUAAGAAACAGUUUUUGAGAUCAUGCUUUUCAAAUAUUAUUGCGGGAGAGGAGCUGAUAUAUUAUCCACAAACGUAAUUUUGUUUUUUAUACAAACGCUUUAAGUUAUCUUGCCAAAGUUCUCAAGUGAAACAUAAUCGCUGUGUGUACUUUAACAACAAAAUGUCUCCUAAAAUACUGGAAAAUGCUGUUGUAAAAGAACCUCAGUUGCUUUGUCAUUGCAUUUCCUUACAAACACAAGACUGAAUUGUGUGCAUGAUGUCAACAAUGACAAUGCCAAUAAAACAUGC